AUGGCCCUCUGCUGCUGCCCACCUUGCUGUGAGCCAUGCUGCUGCAAGACCACCUGCUGCAAGACCACCUGCUGCCAGCCCUGCUGCUGUGAAUCCAGCUGCCCUGAAUUCAUCUGCUGUCAGCCUUGCUGUCCCCCAUGUUGCUGCAGCAUACCAUGCUGCCAGCCCUGCUGCUGUGUGCCCACCUGCUGUCAGCCCUGCUGCUGUGUGCCCACCUGCUGUCAGCCCUGCUGCUGCGUGCCCUCCUGCUGCUGUCUGCCCCCCUGCUGCUGUCUGCCCCCCUGCUGCUGUCAGCCCUGCUGCUGUAUACCCACCUGCUGCCAGCCCUGCUGCUGUGUGCCCACCUGCUGUGAAAGUACCUGCUGUAAUUCCAUUUGCUGCAAACCAACCUGUGUGACCAUCAGCUGCAGCACACCCUGCUGCCAACCCUGCUGCUGCUGA